AAAUUAAUCAAAUAAAUAAACUAAACAUAACCUCACUUUAACUUAUUAGGAUUAAUCUCAAAUUUAUCUUAAAUAAUGAGUAUUGAGCCAACGGGGAGUGAUAUUUUAGAUCAAUAUAGAGCCACAUCGAAUAAAUUAAGAAAGAGAUUUUUAAGAAAACCCAACUUAACGGAAGCUUGUGAAUCUUUCACUGCUUUGGGUCAACACUGCCAAAAUGAAGAACUUCCUUCAUACGCGGGGCUUUCUUAUAUAGCAGCGGCGAGGUGUGAAGGUUCCUUAGGGAAUAUAUCCGGAGAAACUUGGAGUUUAAUGAAAGCGGGGCGUCAAUUUUUAUCUGCGGAAUUAAACAACAAAAAGCUUGAAUGUCCAAGUAUUUGCAACGAAAAUCUCCAAGCGGCGAUAAGUUGCUUCACACACGCCUCCAGUCGAAAUUCGGAGAAAUCACCCUUAAAUAUAUGCGUCGAUUUCGAGAUAAUUGAAUCGUUAAAUCGAUUAGAUCUCGAUGGAGUUAAAGAAAUGUACUUAAAAGAUGCGAUCGAGCUCUCAGAGGAUUCCCUCGAUACAAAAAUUUUUUGUUUGAGUUCUGCAGCAAACGAUUCAAUUGAAAACGAGGAUUACACGUCGGCUUUGGAAUAUUUCACGGAAAUUUUUAAUAUUAUCGAGAAAAGCCCGAUUAACGGGGCAAGAUCUGAUGUUUUAUUGGAUGCGGAGAUUUCUCGAGUCUUUUUGUUAUUAAUUUUAAGGCCGAGUCCGCAUAAAUUAACGCAAAAUUUAGCGCAAGUUUUGGAAAAGUAUACUUGGGGUGAUAAAAAGAACCAAAACUCAAUUAGUUAUGGAAUCUCCGAAGAUUUAUUUAUUUUGUUACAAUCAAUCGUUUUAACGUGUCAAUCGUUGGAUUAUUCGACGCUUCCGGAUUUGGAAGCGCAACUUUGGAAAUAUCUUAAUGUGAAACAACGGGAUCUGUUGAGAAAUCUCAUUAAAACAUAUGUUUAAUUAGAAGGAAGAACAAAUAGUUUUUAAUUUAAAAUAUCUUUAUUAUAAUAUUAUAGAGGUGGAAUACAGCAAUUAUUCUUUUUU